UUGUUGACAGGAGUGAACGUUUGAAAAUAAAAUUACCAUUCGAAAAGUGUUAAGAAACUUUUUUUGGAUGUUAUGUGUUGGUUUUUGACACUAGUAAAUGUUUUAGUGAAUGUUGGUCACUCUACCCACGCCAGGCUGACCAACCUCACAAACCAGGACUGUCAACCUCACGGAGCUCAACUGUGACGUCCGUGUAGGGAUCAGCUGAGACUCUCCUUCCCUCCUUCCUCCAGCGGUUCAGGCUGGAAGGCGACGGUGAUGCCCUUGUUGCCCGGAGAUGAGAGCCUGUCGACACUACCCGGGGCGGCAGUGGUGGUGUGAUGGACUUCCAUGUCUCUGUACCGGGCCCGUUCACGUACCUGGUGCACGAACACGCCCGCUCCAUCCUUGCUAUACAGGAGUUGCAGCACGAGGUGACGUCACUUCUAGAGUUCCGGGACAAUGUGCUGCACGCCUUUCCUCAUCUACAAGCCCGAGCAUACCACUCACUCACACCUACCCAUGCCCAUGACCCACCGUCUAGCCAGGCUUCCCAGCCCCCGCAGGCUAUCCCCACCGCUAGGGGAGAGCCCUCCCCUAGUAAGUCGUCUGCCGCCUCCCACCACGUGACCUCAGGUGACGGUGGGAGGCAGCAGCGUCCCAUAUCAUCUACAGGUGGGGUGACCACCACUGGUGGAAGUGGGAACAGCAGUAGCAGCAGCAGUACUGGUGGCAAGUCUCUUAGUGAGACACACAGCAGUUCAGCAGUGGCAGACUCGGGCUUCAGCACGGACAAGGCUGGUGGAAGUAUGGGCAAAAGCUCAUCUUCCUCAGCAGGUGAUCAUCUGUCAGGUGUAGAGGAGCACCGCUGGACCUCGGUGGAGCCUGAGCUUCCACUUGGCUCAGCGGAGGAUGAAUUAUGGCAGUUACUUGAUGUCAUACAGAGGAAGGGAACCCGAUUACGAAAUGAGCUUGAACGGGCAGAACGUUUGGAACGAGAUCGCAUGAGCCAACCUCAAGCAAGCAGCCCUGCAUCGGACCCCCUGACUUCACCCAGACCACAUCCAGCUUACCGAGAUUAUUGGCCACAUUCUCUGCCUGGACCCAUAGGAAAUUUCCAUUCUCGUGGAGACAUACUGGCUCCACCUCCCCCACCUCCACCUGUUGGUAUGGCAAUGGAGGCAGAGGCAUGGGCAGCUGUGGAUCGCCUGCGUCAGGACCGUCAGUAUUUAGUUGGUAGAGUGAGUUGGGCCGAGGCUGAAGCUGCUGCGUCCCACCAGCGUCUGCUUGAUCUCCACGGACAACUUUUGGCUCUGGCAGGGGAUAAACGGCGCCUGGAAGACCAAGUGAGGGCACUCAGACUUGACCCACGUCUAGAUCCUCGAGUAGAUUCUAGAGUUGACUUUGGCAAUGACCUGAACUUGCAGUUUGUUAAAACCAAUGGUGUGAGGCGUGAUGGUCCAGCAUCUACGGGUGGAAUUGUUCACUCGGUGAUGGGGGGUGUAAACACCGUCCACAUUGUGAGUGACAAUACCACGACAACGACCACCACGACUAACUUCACUAAACCUCGCCGUGUUCCUCCUGCUGUAACUGUCAGUGUCGCUAGUGGAGAAGGUGCUGAAGACUCUCAUGGCAUCGGAGGAGCUGGUAGAGGACGCGUGAUUCGUAGUGCAUCUAGUGUGCGCAUCAAUAGUGACAGAGAUGUUGUACUACCCAGGGUCCUCAAAGUACCAAUUCGUGAUAGGACUCAGCGGCACUCAAACAAAGAAUCCAGUACGGCUUCCAGUCAUAGAGAAAACAGUGGGAAAGACCAGAACUCAGGUUAUAAAGACUUUAGUCCCACUAGUGAAAAUGUGAACAUCAAAGACUCCACCUUUGCUUCUCCUGCUGGUGAGAUGAAGAAGGGGAGUGACCGAGUAGUAAUUGAGAGAGAGAGAAGAGCUGGCAAGGCAGAUGGUGGGUUUAGCAUGCCUGUAAGCCUUUUGAAAGGAGCACGCUUAAAGGUCCAGCCGAAUAAGCAGCGCAUCUCUGCCAUCUUGAGAGAAAAGGAUGUGCUGGAGUUACAGCGUCAACUUCUUACCACUGUGAUGGAGACUGAGGUCUUGAGGAAACAGAUUGAGACAGCGAGUGAGGAGUGGGUAAACAAGACGGCCGAGUGGGAAGCUGACCACAGGCUCUCCCACUCCACCGUCUCGGCCUUGAGGGAGGAGAAUCUCAGCCUCAAGACUCUGCUUGAGCAGCGAGAGAGAGUUGACCGGAAAGAUGUUGGGAUAACUGCUUGUCCGCUGGUAUGUACUACAGGCACCAUGACUGAAGGUUGGGCGGGUGAUGAGGUGGAGGCUGCCACCCAUACUGUCCAUCCUGGACCAAACAUCAAGUAUGAUGUUGUGGUGCAUCAAGAGGAAUCCAGACGAUCUGAGGCCAACAACUCGGUAGCACCCGAGGCUGGAGGUCGUAAGGUGCCCGCAGCAGUAGAGAAGCCUCCGCGUCGUAGUCGAGAGACACGGAGUGCAUCCACCGUUGGCACCCUCGCCGCCCACCACCACCAUGUAGCUCACCAGAGUGGAGGAAGCCUUUGUCAUCGAGAAUCAUCGGCAUCAGAAGUAUCUGGUGGCAGAGACUCGAUAGGUCGUGGGGCUGGACCUCGUAGCAGACCCAACUUGAUUCAGUCUGGUCGGGCCACCCCAACAAAUACCCCUCGCUCCUCACCUGCACCCAGUAUCAAUACCAGGAUGUGUGCGUCGAGGACUUCUCCUCAAGAAGGAGGUCGAGCCACUCCAUUGGGACGCAGCAGCAGCGGUGCCAAUGGCCGUGCGUUGGUAGGUCGCCGAGACUCCACGAAGACCACUCAAGUUAAUGCCAAAGGAAAUGGAAAGAGCAGUCCUGGGGUGGGUGGCCAGCACAAGGCUGCCUCGACAUGGUACAGUGACCAAAACAUUGUCCGCAAGUCAAGCACAGUGAUCAGCUUGGAUGGUUCCAGUCAACAGCCCUCCUCCCUCAGCUCAAGCUUAGACUUCUCAAGCUCGCCUUUGACUUUGUCUGACCUGCGAAGCCCCUCCCCGCCAUCCCCAUCCACUCCUGCCAUCCCUAAGAAAAUAUUUGUUGAACUAGAUGGACAACAAAAGUCAAGAAAUGUGUAUGGAGAUUCUAAAAAGGCUGUUCAGAAGAGGUUAAGUGCCAGUGAUCUUUAUAAUCAGGAUUUUAAAGAUGUGACUGAUCCACGUGUAAACACUUCAAACAUACCAUCUGCUGGAAGCAAGAGGAUUCUCAAAUAUGGAAGUAAAAGUGAAACUAUCUCCUCAGAGCUUACUUUGUCCAACCUAAAAGUUGGAUCUGAUUCACUGUCCCCUUCAUCAUCUGUGGCAUCCGGUAGUAGUUUUUAUGACAGCAUAAACACAGAUGCGGAGACUAUAGAUGAUAUUAACAAGUUGAUGCAUGUUGAAGUGGCCUUUGAGUGGAACCCCAUUCCAUCGCAGGAGAUUCGAUAUCUUCCUCCGGCAGCCCACAUGUGGACUCCAUCUCAUACACUUACUCCAGACAAGCGACUGCCACCUGUUACCAAUACCUUAUGCACUAAUUCACCUAGGUGGACACCCUCAUCAAAGGCUCCAACUAUGCUUGGGCAUGCCGUUUCUUUCAAGGGGAAGAAAGUUAACACUACUAAGGGUGAAAGAGUAAAUUCAUCUGAGAGUAUUGACAUGGAUGAUACUGGACAGCAGUGGCUGGCUGAUUCCUUGGAGGAUGAAAGUCAGGGUUUUGAGGCUGUAGGAAAGAUGAGGAGUAGAUUACGUGCCAUGAAUGGCGCUGUAAGAUUCAAGAGUGUUGACCGCCCCUCUGUGCUCUCUAUGGUUCAAGAAACAUCUGCUAGUUCCUAUUUAGAAUCACUUCAAGGAGGAAAAAGUAUGUCUAGCAGUCCAAAUUUUCAAAAGAGUAAACUUUGUGAGAGCAGUAUUAAAGGAAAUUCAGAGAGUGAAGGGUUGCAGCUUCAACGUGGGAGACCCAGGUUGUCAUCAUCACUGAGGGAAGGUGGCUCUCCACUGAAGCACUCCGAUGCUGAUCUGAACUCUCGAGUUCAUCAAAUUUUAGCGCGUAUUGCAGGAAGUGCCCCGUGAUACAGAGAAAUUCUUGCUUCAUCAUUAUAUUAAUACACAAAGGGGUAGUGACAUGCAGGAUCAUGUCUGCUUAUUAAUGUAAAAUCUUUUGACUACAGAAUAUUCAGCGUGUCAUGGUGAAAAGAUGAAUUAUAAAUUUUGAUAUUAAUAAUACCCAAUUUAACUACACAGUAUAUUGUUUUCAGUGAACAUGUGUUGUUGGUUUUCUUUUAUGAAUGACAACUACUUGAUGGCUGGUCCUAGUUGAAGCCCUAAGUCUGAGAAACAAUGCCAUGUAUUAUAGUUGUGAGUUCACAACUGGGCAUUUCGAUUCGUUGGUUUUGUUGUGAUGGAUUUUUUCCAAUAUGAUGGGGAUAUUUAGGAAUGGGCAUUUUCCUUAAGUUAUUUGCUAUGUAUUAUAUACCUUCUGUUCUACUUUUGCCCAGGUACUCAUAUUGUGAUAGGAGUAUAUUCAUUCCAUGCCUCAUAUAUGAGCCAUAUUGUGCUGAAGGUCUUUACUCACUGUGGCACUUGACGUUUUAGUCGGGUACCUGAGCUCACAGCUAUGCCAAAGUGCUUUGACGAAUUAAGCAACUUUUGCCGAGGCAGUCAUGUAUUUUUCUGCGUGCUUGAUUGCAGGCAUGAUAUUAUACAGAUGACUUCUAAUAUUAAUUUUCCUGGGUGGAGAUGAUCUGUUGUAAAUAAUACUUAUUUGGUUAUUAUUUUAUAUACUGUUUCCUAGGGAAUGUAAUGUGGUUCCAGAAUGUGUUGCAAUUUCCCAGCUAACCAGGUAGUCUUUCCCCCACCCUUUGAUUGCUCUUUCAAAAUAGAGGUCUGAAUGCUGAUGCAGCCUUGAUAGAGAAUAAGGACAUGAUUGAGAAUGUUUGUUGUAAUGGCAUUAUGAUAGGUCAAACCAAUGACCAUUCAAUAUAAUUUUUCAUAACUGGUAUACAGUAUUUACAUCACAACAGACCACAUCUUGAGAACAGAGUCCCGCUGCCUGAUUAUUUUUUAUCCAGGAUUAUUUAAUACAUGGUAUAUUUUAUAAUUUAUAUAUACUGUACACCUUUUUAUAUAAUUUCUUACUCUACUGUAAAUCUACUUAGAAGUAAAAGAAUAGAUACAUGAUAUUAACCAUGUUUAGGCUCCAUGUCAUAGUGGGUGGCAGGUCGUGGUAGCAUCUGUCCUUGUUUACUGGACAGGAGUCAAGUGUUUGAAUAAGUGGUGCACAGAACUAGUCACUAGUCAACCAAAGGCCCAACACUUGCUACACCUUCCUUACAUGGGAAAAAGCUGGCACUCUUGGUGGGAAAUGGCACAAAGUAGGCAUAGGCUGAUUUCUUUUAGCUAGCAAACAAAAACUUUUAAGUUAAAUCACUUAAUAUAAAUAUUCAGUUCUCUCAUUAGUACAGGACCCGUUCAACUUACAUGCAUUUAAUUCAUUCCUCUAUUUAUAUAAGCCAUCUGAAAAAUUGGUAAGUAGAUAAAGUAAUUAUUUUAAAUAAAUCCGGUAUACUGUAUUAAUAAAUUAGUGAUAUUUGAAAAUUAUGACUAAUUUCACAACAUGUGGCUUUUAGAUCUCAUUGAAGCAAAAUGUUUUUUGAUGAAGAAGUUAAUGACUUCUGCAAUGAAUGAGUGAAGACGUAAGUUUCAUGUUCAUAAAUUGUAUAUAAAUCAUUUGAGAUAGUAGAGAGUUGGAAAUGGUUGUGGUUAAGCAUUGUGCCUUGCAUUAUCAACUAACAUUGAAAAAAUUUUAAUUACCAUAAAUAUAUUUAUUAUGUAUACAAAUUUAGGGCAAAACUUUCCAUCAUCAUACAAUAUUUCAAUAAUAAGUUGUUAUGCAAAACUAAUUGAAAUUUUUUGUCUUAAAUGUAGCUUCCUGUUAAAAAAAUUUGCUGACAUCCUGUUGUUACAACCAUAUAAUAUCACUUCAUAACUAUAUUUAGCUUAUGUAAACAGUUAAAUAUUGUAUAAUACUACACCCCAGAAGCUGCACGAGAAGUGCAGGUUUAGGAAGGAUGUGAUGCAACGGCUUGUAUUGUCAGUACAGUACUUAUGACAUCCCAGAAUUUAGCAUACAAGUGACUAGUGUAGAUGACAAGUCAUAUACAUUAGUGGAGUAUUUACCAGAUUCAUCUUAUGUUACACCAGGCAUGGGUAACCUCUCCUCAGUCAUGGGCCGCAUUACAAUUUAGGUAUUUUUCUGGGGGCCUACCCACCAACAUUUAUAGCCUACCUAACCCAAAAGUAAUUCAAUAUUGUAUUAGCACGGACAGUGAAACAGUUAAUCGUCACAUCCACCUUCCGAUAUUUUCAGUUUACAAUCAGUCUUGUUCCAUUUAUGAAACAAAUCUAUCAUAAAUUUAUUUAAAGUAAUGUUUCUUGGCAUUUAACAGAAGUGAGUGAAGCAGUCUGUGAAUACGUUGAUUUUUCCUACAGUUACAGCAUUUUUCUUACUUGAGACACACCCACCAGAAUAACGCCACUGUUAACCUUGGCAUAUGAGGAACUACAAUGAAACAACCUAUAGACACAUCUCUCCGAAUCUAUGGUCCAUUAUUCGAUUGUGGGGUAAUUAGUGGUUGUAAUGAUGCUUGGAAAUUUGUAAUUACUACAUUAUUUCAAUGCUAAUUACUCGCAGACUAUGGGUUUCCGAGGUGCUAUUUUUUGUAUUAUUCUGGGAGUACUUAAUUGUUUAAACAAUUUAAAUUCCAAUUUCAAGAGAAAGGUACAUUUUUGUCGAAAAGUUAUCAAGGUAAUAAGGCUUAAUAUUUGGGUGGUUUCGGUGAAAAAUUGGAUUUCGUUGAAAAUCUUGGUAUAGGUACUCCUGAGCAUAAUGAUUCUGAAUCUAUGGCCCACAAUUCAAUUAUACUGGGUAAUAAGUGGUCAUAAUGACACUUGGAAGAUUUUAAUUACAUUAUUUCAAUGCAAAUUACUCACCAACUAUGGGUUUUCAAGGUGCAAUUUAGGUGUUUUUGUGGUAUUCUGGAAGUAAUUAGCUAAAUCCUGUGUGACCGCUGCCUGUGACCCCAAAUGGACUUAACCAACCUUAGUGAAUUCCCAAGUGACUCGCUGCCAAAUAGCUAAUCCAUCAAACAGACCCCGCCGAACUUGGCCCGUAAACUCACACUAGUUAAAAUGUUUAUAUUGUUGACUAAGUAUACUUAUUUCUUUGUGUGUGAAGAUACUCUUUUAAUAAAUAUUGCUUUACUCGCCAUAAACUGGCUGCAUCUACAUGAACCACAGGCCACAUUAAGUAGAAUUUCUCAACCACUCCACAGGCCACACAAACACAUGGUCCGGGUCACAGGUUACCCAUGCCUGUGUUACACUAAAAAUUGUUGAAGUCUGUUGAUCAAUUGCUCCCAGAAGUAAAUUUACAAACAAACGAUAUUUGACUAAUCGAAGCAUCAACAUUAAGGCCCUAAUGGCUUUUAUCUUUAAACUUGAACAAUCUUACAGAAAUGGUAGAUUUCAUGAGAAAAUAUUGAAUUAGUUCUUUGUAGAAUUGGGACUGCAAGAUUCCUAUAAAUACCAAGACUGUUAAAAUUACUUUUAGCACUAAAUUGUUUUAACAUCAUUGUGUAAUAUUUUCUUAAAAAUUAUGAGACUAAAUUAACCAGCACAUCAAAUCAUAAAUGGGUGGCCUUGAAAUAUUUUUUAUGACAAAAUGGCAUUAGCAAGGAUUCACAAUUCUUUACCUCAUUUGUACACAUCACGGUAAAUACUCAUUUAUACUUCAGAUACUUUAAGUAAUUCACUCCCAUACAAUAUCACUGUAUUUAGAACAUGUUAUAGAGUAGCCUGGAGAAGCCUGGGAAGUUGUAUCAAGUUUAACUCUUGCAUAUCUAUGUGAAGAGAUGGAGCAUUUACCAUAUGUUUGAUAAAGCCGGCAAUCACGAAUACCCACAGGUGAUGGAGCAUUAUCAGCCUCAAGGUUGGUAAAAAAAUAGUGGUGACUGGUUCCUACAUGUUAUGAAUCUUAAGUAUGGGCAGCUGUAACUUGGGGUGUAUCAAUGGCCACAGGCAUUCACAUCCGAUGCAAGUAGCAGCCCAAGCUUGGGCAUCACAUUAUAUCUUUUGCCAAUGAUAUUUAGAUUCAGAGCCAAAGAAUAAAUGUUAAAAAAAAAUGGAUAGUCAUGUAUAUGCAAGAAAAUUUUAUCAGUAACCCAAUAGUCUGACAAGCUUUAUAUAUGGUUUAUCUGUAGUAAUGGCCAAAGACCUCCUUUUCCCCACACAUACUAACACUGGUAAUCCAGGAACUCUCAUAGUGGAAGCCUGGGACCCACCCAUAAAUAGUGUGGGAACCUACACUGACAGGCCAGGGCCCUUUGAUUCUGUUGACAAACACCAUGGACAGAUCAUAUCCCAUGCACCUACACACAAACAUAUGUGAUAAUGUUAAUUGUUAUUUAAGUUUGUAAUCCACCGAAGAUGAUAAUUAAUCAGUCACAGUCACAUGCAGUAUAAAGAAACCACUUGUGGAUCAUUUCCCAUCCAUAAAUGUGUUAAACAUCAAACAUCAUUCCACAGUAGGUGUAUGUGUGUAAACUUCAGUAUCCUUGCAGUAGGUAUGACAUGGAGAUUGUACAGUAUUAGAAUUGGCAUCUGGUCAUUAGUUGUCCAGACUUCAUAUGGACUGAAUGUUGUAAAUACACUCAUUGACUUAAAGCAAAAGGAGAUGUUAUAGUUUAAUGAAGAAUACUGCAGGUCUGUAGUUUGGCUGUCAAAUGUAUGUGACUGGUAUUGGCCGAACUUGUUGAUUCCCUCUGACAUUAUCGAUCUAUUGUGUAUAUAUUGAUGAUAUAUUGUAUGCCUGAUACAAACCAAUAAAACUGUUGUAUAAUU